UGGAGAUGGGCCGAGAUUGGUAUAGGGGAAGUGCCAAGAAAGACACUCAUUCCUCCGGUUGCUUCACUGCUGUGUUUCACGUGUUUGAUCUUCAUCGUCCCCUCUUCCCUGUAACCCGCCAAAGUGCUACUACCGGCACCGGCAGUGGCGGUUAUGGUUGUUUCCAGCCCCACGACUCCAUCAUCUCUCCACAAACCACCGUCGUUAAAGGUGCAGAAGCGCCAAGGAACAGUUCGGAGACUGAGGAGGAAGAAGCAUCAUCAUCUUCAUUUAAAUUACAGAUCAAAACAAGAAGAUCAAAAGCUGGAGCUGGAGAUAAUGAGACUUGUUCUCCAGGGACCAAGUCGCCUACACUUGUUGCUAGGCUCAUGGGACUUGAUCUUCUUCCCCAAAACGAAACCCCUUCUUCACCAUCUCUUUCUUCAACACUGAAUUUUCGUCACAGAAAAUCAUUGGACGGUCACAUGGGCGGCGGCACUCGUUCAUCGUCUGCAAGAAGGUCUGAUAUGGAUCACCACCACCACCACCUGUCUCUUCAAAUUAACAAAGAAAACAUGAGCCCUACUGAAGACCUGGUCGUUUCCCGUCUCUCAUCAUUGAAAAAGGAGCUCAAACUUGAAGAAGAUAACAGAAGUGGUAGGCUGACAGUGAAGCAGGUUAAACAAAGUGUUGGCAGCCGGAAAGUUGGUUCGGACAUAACCAACAAAGUUCGAAAAUCAUCCACCAAGGCUCAGCCAGUUAAUGGGCUUCACAAGCGGCAGCCACCCAAAACCGCUAGCAGAUGCAAUGAAAAAUUCAGUUCACGGCUGAAAAGGCAAGAGGAGCCUUUCGUUCGUCCUUCCACGGUCAACAGAGUUAACAUUACGGACAGGAAAUGCAGGAAAACCCGAUUGUCAAACGAGCUAGGUCAUGCAAAAAUCCCACAAAAACAGGUCUUAGAUGCUCAAAAACCGAAACUUGGGUCACAGUUAUCUAGUUGUUCGAGCCAAAUGUACAAGAAACAAGAAGCGACGCACGUACACUCUGACCGAGAGACAGAUAUAAAAGUGCUUUUACUUCCAUUGCCACUAUCGCCGGCGAUAAAGAAAAGUACAUCGCUAGAGUACGAAGACGCAUAGGCUCAUUGUGCUCCAAAAUUAGAACUUUCCCCCGAGCUGAUUGUCGUGUUUUAGAAGACAUUGAUGGGUUAAUUGAAAAAGAUUUGGCACAGAUGAAGCACCAAAGUGUAGUGGCGUACGAGGAAGAAGGGGAAGGGAUUGUGGCGGAGAUAGAGGAAGAGAUAAUGGAGAUGCUGCUGCAUACGGCGGUGGAUUUUGGUGUACGGUUUCAGUUUGAGAAUGAUGGCAGAGAACACAGGGCACAUGGGUGAAGCACGUGAUGAGAUGCUAUUCGUUGGGACCAUACACGUGGAACCAUGGCUGUUGCUGUGGUACCCCGACUAUAUACUCGCUUUUUCAUUGGUUCUUAAAAACACAACU